CUCUUUAAAACAAUUAAAAUGAAUUAGCUGACAUACCAUAAUGCUUUGUAACUGUGAUGGUCAUCCGUCUUUUUUUUGUGCCCUUGAUGUUGCUUUUACACACCUAUUUGUCUAGUUUUUAAUAAAAGAUCUUUCUCUGCCUCUUUACAGUAUAAUGUUGUCCCUAUAUAAGGGAAGUAUCAUAUAUAGAUAUGAUAUAGAUAUCAUUUACAAGCAUAUCUGAGUCUUUAUAUUUUGUGCCACAAAUAAUUUUCUCUCCCAAACUGUCCAAAUCUGUCUGAAAGCUUUGUGACUUCAUUCACGUAUAUUAACAGUCUAUGUGAAAACAAAGAUAUUUUAAAACUACAUUUUGGCAUCAAAAUGCUCAUCUCUAAUAGGGAAUCAUUUCAUAAUUGAUAUAAAUCUUUCCCUUUCUCCAAAAACAUUUUUACGUCCUUUUCAUCAUUUAACUAUUCCACAUGGAAAGGACAGCAUACCUCACACAAGCUAUUUAUUCUCCUUCAAAUUAUUUUCCCUGAGACCUAAUUCAGUUCUUUGCUUUAUUUCUUCUUGCCACUCCUAAAGUAUUUUUGGUCAAGCCAUUUCUCCCCCUUGGGGUUCCACUUUUACCUAUUAUGGAGUUACUGUCUUCCUCUGGGUUUACUUCAUGGCUUCUCACAUUUCUUCAUGCAUUUGGCAUUUUCUUCUAUUUAUUCAUAUUUCUAGCCUAAGUUCUUGAAUUAGGAUUUUAUGUUCAGCCAUAUUCCAUUCUACCUGGCACUCUUGUUUGGGUCAAAUGGGCCUUAUUGGUCCUGUCCUUUCUGUAGUCUGGAUGUGCAGCUGCCAUUAUGGAUAGUAUGGCUGGUCCUAGGCCCCAUCCCUCAAUUCUCAAUUUCUGUCUCAGUGUCCUAGUGGUUCACUAUAGGUCCUGGCACCCAUCUCUGUUUCCCACUUGCUCAUUAUAAUAGGGAGUUGGUUCUAUCCUUUAUUGUGGCCCUGACAAGCCUCAGUCAGAUGCACUGGUCUUAGGCUUCCCCAAAAUUCCUCAUUGAGGGUACCCAGGCACUGAGCUGGCCUUGUCUCCUGCUUUGGUUCCUAAGAAAUGCAUAGCCAGGAUCCUGUCAAAUGUACAGUGACCUCUAAGAAUUGGCUUUGUCCCUCCCAGUCUGUUCCAACAGGUGAGGGUUGGAAUCUGACUUCGGGCCUCAAUUGAUGGAGCUUCUACUAGCUUGUGAUCCUUGUGAAACAUUCUCAUUUGUACUGUCUAGUAUCUUCAACCCCAUUUGUUGACUUCCCUGAUAUAAUCCUCCUCCCAGUUCUCCCACAUUUCAUACUUAUUUUCCAGAGCUCAAACUGAUUUUCCUUCUCCCAGGCCCCACAAGUUUUUGACCAACUUUGUAUGAAUUUCUGGAUUGCAUUCAAAAGCUUACUUCAAUUUCUUGUUGGUUUGCUUCAUCACUGAUCUUUUGGGGUCCUUAUUUGCUGGUAUGUGUUUGUGUGAGAGAGGGGUUGGGGUUUAGUUCCUCUACAAGCUUCCAGGCUACCAUUUAACCAAAAUUUGUUUUAAUCAUUUUAACAGGUCCACGACAUUUUUAAGUUUAAGGGGAUGUUAAAUUUUGUUUAAAGCAAAUUAAACAGUGAGACUCUUUUCCUGACACAAAAUGAUAGAAGCCAAAAAAGAAAUCUUAUAUCUAGGGAGGUGUUUGAGAGAGGCAGUAAUAGUUCUAAUUUGAAGUUUUAGAGAUGAAUAAAUGAAGUGCUUGUUAUGUGCAGAAUACUAUACUAAGCAGUGGGGUGAGGAAUUAGAAAGAUCUAAGUCUUUACUCUGAAAGGGCUCACACUGUAAUUGGGGAGACAACAUAUAUAAAAGAUUUCAACUACAUGGAAGGUGGAAAGGACUGGAGGUCCUAAGAGUGACAGGCAAGGUAGAAAUGUAUUAGGGGGUGAAGAGUAGGUGAGCGGUGGAGGGAAGGGCUAGAGGUUAUCGUAGCAGGGCAUAAGAUAACAAUCAAAUGUCUGUUGUGGGAAGGUGGCAGGGCAGAUGACAAGGUCUGUUAGUCCUUCAUCUCAAAAGGAGGAUUACAGAUGAUGACUCUCGGCUCAGGUAGGCGGUGUGAGCAGCCAUACUGCUUUUCCAGCCUAGCCCCUCAAAUGGGGUCUGGGCAGACCCUGAUCAAGGGAUGGUUGAUGGCAAGGGAUGCACAAAGGGUAUCCUCAUUGUCAGGUCUUUCUGCCCAACAAUAACAAAAUAUUCAAGAUGAGAGUUGAAGGCAAAAAAUAUAGUAGAAAGAGAAACAUACGGGUGCUUCUCUUCAUUGAUUGCUACCUCUUUCAUAGAAAUUUAAAGUGAAAAGCCCAACAAAUUACAGAGACAACAUGGUAGGGAGCAACUACACUUGUCUCAUGGUGAUGAUGGGCUCCAGGUCCCACCAGCCCAUCACAGGUACUUCACUGGCCUCAGAAUGGCUGUCAUGUAAUACAUAGUUCCAAUCCAGGAGAAGAAGGAAAAGAAGAUAACAGGAUUUUUGAGUACUAGAAUUUCUUUCUUUGGGUCCUGGUCCUCUCAGUCUGUGAUAGAGAAUUGUUGACAAACACCCGAUGGGGACUUUUCAAAUGAUAGACCAUUGAAAGAUAAGCACUUCCUGCGGGCUUCUACUUCUGUCCACAGUUACAAUUCUAAGGGUCUUAAAGAGGAAUUCUCUGACUUGGUGCAGUUUUCCUUUUAGCAUGGGAUUAAAAUGGUCACGGGAUCAUUCAAGUUGCUGGCGAGCAAACCUUGAGGGGGUAGAAAGAGUGACUGCAGGGGCUGUGGGUGAGGAAGCCUCCUGCAAGCUAGCAGUAGUAAAAGGAAUGGAAACCACAGAAGUGUUUCCACUCAAACACUGGUGCACCUCAAGGUAGAUAGCAAGUAGUACCGAGAUUUGGACUCGGAGGCCCUGCCUGCGGUGGAGAAGGGGAUCUCUUUCAAAUGUGUCCUUUUGGCCUUUGGAAAAGGAAAGCAUGACUCUUCUCCAAGGUAGAAAGGAGUUGCCUCUAGAGAAAAGGUCAAGGAGGGCCAUUGGCUGAAUUGAGCUGGUAGAUGGGGACGAGGAUUUUUUUCCCUUGUGGGUGGGGGAGUUGGAGGGAAAACGUCCUAAAAUUUGGUUUCCGCGUACAGUCUGCUUAAGCUAAAAUUUCCGAUGCCUUUUAACUCCUUUGCUUGUGCUGCUGAAGCCCUGGUUCCGUCCAUGCGAGAAGCAGCCAAGACCCACGCCAGGCUUUUCUCCCGAUGCCCCUUCCCCCCACCCACCCCCUGACAAAGGGAAGGAGGUAAAAAAGGGGUUAAGAAACUUGGCUGAACAGAUGAAUGGCGUGGAGAGCGAGGGGAGGGACCGGGCUGCACCGAAGAGGUGGAGGAGGGAGGAGCGCCGCCGCUGCCGAGGCUUUGAAAGUCAGCCUCGCAGACAUUGCAGCAGAGCCCCGAACUAGCGAGAGGGCUGGCCCGGAGGGGACCGGGAGGCGGAGGUUACGAGUAGGCGGCGGCGGCCGGAGCGGCUCCCUUCCUCCCUCCCUCCUCAGCUUUGUGUGUUGGGGCAAAGCGAGGCCAGCCGGAAGCGGGCACAGCCGCAGCGGCUCCCAAAACUUGCCUCGAGGAGCAGGGUCGGCGGUCCCCGAGCCUUUCCGCUCGCCUUUCGUGGGCCACAAGCGUGCAGGGGAUAUUCCUACGGAACCGUCACCGCCCAAAUGGAACUAUUGGGAUUGGAAAGAGUGAACCACAGAUGUGUUUACCUGUUGCCUGUAACUAUAAUUGAUACAUGGUUUUCAGCAUCCAUUCUUUCAGCUACUGGGACAAAAUCAGAAGGAAUCCUGAGACCUGUGAUGAGGGAACAAUAGCUGCUUACUGAAUGAAGAUUUCAACUUCUUGCUACUGUGGACCCAUUUAUUAAGGAAUCCAUCUGUCUUUCCUUAGUUAAUAUUUUAUCACCUUCAUAGACUGUGUUAUCUUGAAGUUUUCCUGAUUCCUUCUUUCUUAGAAGAAUUUCUAAAGAAUUUCUAGUCAGAAUGUAACAGUUGAUCAAUGUCUGAUUGCUGUACAAGCCAAUAGAUUACUAUUCCCUUUCGAAAGUUAUAUCUUAUUCACCUCAAAAAACAGUCUUUAACGUAAAUAGAAACCAAGUCCUUGUUGAAUACUUUUAUUGAACAUGACUCAUGGAGAAGAGCUUGGCUCUGAUAUGCACCAGGAUCCUAUUGUUUUAACUUACCUAGAAGGAUUACUAAUGCAUCAGGCAGCAGCAAGGUCAGCUACUGUAGUUGACAAAAAGUCUACUGGGCAUAGUGGAGAGGAUCAAAACUUCAAGAUUUCUGGAAAUAUAUUUCCCAUCUGUCAAAAUAAUGGUCCAAGUCUCAACACAACAACUUAUCAGGGAUCUGGUAUGCUGCAUCUCAAAAAAGCAAGAUUAUUACAGUCUUCUGAGGACUGGAAUGCAGCAAAGAGGAGGCGGUUGUCUGAUUCAAUUGUGGAUUUAAAUGUAAAACAGGAAGCUUUGCUAGCUGGCAUGGUUGAAAAUGUGCCUAAAGGCAAACAGGAUAGCACAUUACUUGCCUCUUUGCUUCAGUCUUUCAGCUCUAGGCUGCAAAGUGUUGCUCUGUCACAGCAGAUUAGGCAGAGCCUCAAGGAGCAAGGAUAUUCCCUCAGCCAUGAUUCUUUAAAAGUGGAGAAAGAUUUAAGGUGCUAUGGUGUUGCAUCAAGUCACUUAAAAACUCUUUUGAAGAAAAGUAAAAGUAAAGAUCAAAAGCCUGAUGCUAAUAUAUCUGAUGUAACUAAAAAUCUAAUCAAAGAUGGAUUUAUAGAGUUACCCCAUACUGGACAGAGCGGAGCAAAAGUAAUUAAUGAACCCUUGUCAUGUGCUGCAAGACUCCAGGCUGUUGCAAGCAUGGUUGAGAAAAGGUCUAGUCCUGCUACUUCACCUAAGCCUAGUGUUGCUUGUAGCCAGUUAGCAUUACUUCUUUCCAGUGAAGCUCAUUUACAGCAGUAUUCUCGGGAACAUGCUUUAAAAGCACAGAAUGCAAAUCAGGUGGCAAGUGAAAGGCUUGCUGCUAUGGCUAGACUACAAGAAAGUGGCCAGAAGGACCUUGUCCAUUUUCCAUUGUCAAAAGGAUUGUCAAGCCAUCUUAAUGGUCAAGCAAGAUCAUCAUCAAAUAAACCAGUAGCUGACAAAAACAUUACAGCUUUCCAAAGUCCAGUGGGAAUCCUUCCUUCUCCUCCCAGAAAUGCAGAAUAUAAGAACACACUGGAGAGAAACAGUUUAAAACCAGCUGCCAAUAAUAGUUUGCUUUUACAUCUUCUUAAAAGCCAGAAUAUAGCUAAACCAACUAGUGGACAUGAUCAGGAGAGAGUUAACAUUUUUGAAGAUAGCAGUACACCCACAACUAUUGAUGAAUAUUCAGACAAUAACCCUAGUUUUACAGAAGAUGACAGCAGUGGUGAUGAAAGUUCUCACUCUAACUGUGUCCCCAUAGAUUUAUCUUUCAAGCAUCGAAUUGAAAAACCAGAGUCCAGCCAGCCUGCCUCUCUAGAUAAUCUUACUCAAUCCUUGCUAAAUACUUGGGAUCCAAAAGUUCCAGGUCUCAGUAUCAAAGAAGACAGAGACACCUCCAAAAAUCCUAAAUUGAAUCCUCACCAAAAAGUAACACUUCUUCAGCUGUUACUUGGACAUAAGAAUGAAGAAAAUCUAGAAAAAACAACUGGUUCUCAGGGAUCACAUAGUAAUGUGACAAAAUUCAGUGCACAAAGUAGUAAGAGGACUCCUGUAAUAGAAAGUCCCAGCAUAAAUCAAGCUACUCCAGUGAGCACUCCACCAUUGCUUGCAUCUGCAAAAGCAGAUUCGCCUAUAAAUCUUUCUCAGCAGUCUGUAGUCAAACACAGUUCACCCCAGUAUGUUUGUAAUGUUCAACCCAAAAGAAUGAUGAAUCCAGUGUCUAAACACUUGAUAGACCUUACCAAAAGUAAAGAAUUGCAAGGAACAAAUAAACCAAACCAAAGUGACAGUGCACAAAAUUCUACAACUUUCAGUGCCAGCAAGCUGUUACAAAAUUUGGCUCAGUGUGGAAUGCAGUCUUCUGUGUCAGUGGAAGAUCAAAGAACAAGCAAACAUCUGUUAAAUGUAAACAUAGAUAAACCUGUAGGUUUGAUUGAUAGACUAAGUAAUCCUCUACUCACAAAUAAACCAAAUAUACUUGAAGAAAAUAAUAAAGCAUUCAACAGUCAGUCAACAGCUCCUGAACCAGGACUCUCUGGUUCUGAAAUAGAAAAUUUGCUUGAAAGACGGACAGUUCUUCAGUUACUACUAGGAAACCCCAACAAAAGUAAAAAUGAAAAAAAGGAACGAAUUUCUUUAAGAGAUGAAAGUUCUCAAAACCAUACAGAUAAAGCUUUAAGUGAGCAAAUAUUAACAGUAAAAAUAAAAUCUGAACCUUGUGAGGAUUCACAUAUCUUCCAUAAUGUGAAUGUCCAUCAGAGCCAAGAUGCAAUAAGUAACAAAUUUAUAGGUGUGGUUCCUGCUCUGCAGAGAAGUGCAGCUGCUUCACCAGCAUCUGAGGACUUCAAAUCAGAGCCUCUUUCACCUCAGGACUUUUCUUUUUCUAAGAAUGGCCUGUUAAGUCGAUUAUUGAGACAGAAUCAAGAGGUUUACCCUGCAGAUGAUCUGGACAGAAGUCACAGGAACAGUGAACUGACUCUUUUAGAGUCAAAAAGUCUUUACACAGUUCCUAAAAAAAGGAAACUUCAUAUUGAGCCUUCAGAAAGUCCAUUUAAAAAAAAGAUGAAAAGUUAUACGUCUGAUGGUGCAAAUAAUCAUAAUCCUUCUACAGAAUUGUAUGGGCCUUUGCUUAACAAACAAGAAAUGAAAUGUAACAGAAAUGAUCUUGAAUUUAAAUAUCCAGCCUGUCAUGGUUCAAAUAAUGAACAUGAAAAUAGGAAUUGGUCUAGAGAUAGUAAAGGCUUUAAUGUGUUGAAACAGUUGCUUCUCUCAGAAAAUUGUGUGAGAGAUUUGUCACAGCAUAGGAAUAACACUGUAACUGAUGUUAAGAAGAAAGGAAACAAAAAUAAUGUAAUCAAUAGCAAAUCUGAAUUUAACAUUUCUUCUUUAAAUGGAGUCAUGAAUCAUUCUGGUCAACUUGGUAAUUGUAUAGAUAAUGGGACAUUUCCAUACCCAGUAGCAGUAAGGAGCGCUGCCAGUUCUCCCUACCAGUGCUCUCCUGAACACAUGGGCAGUACAGUAUCUAGACAAGAAUCUGGGCAGUUAAGUGUGUGUCCUAUUCCCAGUGAAAAGGGUCCCAUUAAGUGGGUUAUUACAGGUAUGGAUAAGAAUGAAUGUGAAAAGGACUCACCAAGACUGACUAAAACCAACCCAAUUCUGUAUUAUAUGCUACAGAAAGGGGGUAAUUCUGUUAGCAACCAAGAAGCACAUGACAAGGACAUUUGGAAUGAGUCAUUUGCAAAAAAUGCUACACAGGUUACAGUCAAGGAAGAGUUGCUUCCUGCUGCAGAGACUAAAGUUUCUUUCUUUAAUUUAAGAAGCCCUUACAAUAGCCAUAUGGGGAAUGCAGCUUCCCACCCACAUAAUACAAAUGGAGAAGUUUAUGGACUCCUGGAAAAAGUACUAACUAUAAAAAAAGAGUCUGAAUAAAAUCUGUCUGCCAUCAAGAUUUGAGUCUUUGUAAAACUAAUAUGAACUUGAGUACUUUAUAAAUAAGAGCAUGAUUUGAAAA